AUGACAGGACUUCUGGUUUCGUUUUCUCACUUUCUCCAUAAGGCGGCAGCACCGGCGUGAUUGCUGCAGAGAAGCGACUUCUUUAGCUGCUGCUGUGCGGAGCCAGGAUUUCGUGAACCUAGGCUGCCUUUAAUUGACAGUUCGCGUCCGUGAACCCGAGUGCAAUCGUGUGCGUUUAACAGGGGAGGACGAUGUCGGAGUCAGAAGAAGCAUUUGAGAGUGCCGAUGAAGACAUAGAGGACCAGAAAGACAAGAACAAGCGACGAUCACGAACAACCUCGGAAAAACUGGGCGAGAUCAAAGAAGUGGAACCGGCAAGCGUGGCGCAGACCAAAACAGACGGUGAAGCUGCUUCCAAAAGUGUGCCAAAACCCCGAGAAAAUUCGGGCGAGACUGCCAGUCCCGGAAGAUCUCCGAAGUCAAGCACAAGUGACGACAACUCCUCGAAAGAGUCCGAAAAGUCGAAGGCAGACGAAACGGGGAAAGAGAAAGAGUUUUCGGUCCUGGAGAGGCUUGCCCACGCUGCUUCGAGAGAGGACAAGGGCCCAAUCAACUGGGGCUUUAGCAAGUGGGGCUCAUCAAUCCUAUCCACUGCGGCUACAUCAGUCAGCACAUUCACAAACCAAGUCUCUCAGGGUAUCGGCACGGUCAUCGAGACGGUCGAGUCGACUCUUGGAGCUCCGAGUCCGGAAGAGCUUGCCCAGCAUGACGCGGAAAAGCAGAAGACAGAACCGAAUGCAGACGACGCUACAGACGCAAGUCACGGCACUGCUCCUGAACCAGAUCCCGAAAAACCAGCCCAGUCCGAUGACAAGGCAGAAAGUUCUGGGGUUGGCGGCAUCCUGAGUGGAGUCAGCGCAUUCACAAAGGCUAUCGAGGCUACUGGUUCCAAGGUGCUGAGCGGUGGUCUCGAUACACUCGAAAUGAUAGGCAAAAAGACGAUGGACAUCUUGACCGAGAAUGAUCCUGGCCUCCGCAAGAAGCGGUCAAUGUUCGACGGGAAAGCAAGCCUGUCGGAGAUGCUGAGGGAGGCCAAGGAGAAGGCGGAGAAGGAAGCUCAGGGCCAGGAGAGCGAGAAAGCCCGGGACUCUGUCAAUUACAGCAGGCUUUUUGAUGAGCACCAAGGUCUGGUACACCUGGAAGCCCUGGAAAUGCUGUGCAGCGAACGGCGCACCGCCGUUCAGCAGCAGCUGCAGAACACCGCCGAGGAAGACAAAGCUGAACUGGGCGCUUUGCUGGACAAGCUGAAGAGGACCUGUGAGAGUCUUCCUGCCGCGGACGACACCCCCGACGACGAGGUGGACCAGGACUUUGAGAAGCUCGUGACCGGGCACUUGAUCGAGAUCGGCCUCAACCUGAGAGGGGAGAAGCUGAAGGAGACGGAUGCCGACGUGAGACUCUGGUUGAGAGAGUGCGCUGAAAGCCAGGAGAAAGGAGAGAAAAAGGAUCCCAAGGAGAUCUACCCGAAGAGCAUAGAAACCCUAGCGGAAAUGACGGCCAAGACCAUCGAGCUGUACCACAAGGUUGCUGAGCUUCUACUGGUGAAGCCCUUGUCGGACAGGACGCCGAUGCACUACGCCACCCAGCUCACUGGCCUCACAGCAGUGCUCUGCACGGAGGUCGGGAUCCUGUCCUCGAGGUUCGGACGAUGUCUCAACACUGCGGCGGACGACUCCGAGGAUCCGGACUCGGUGACUCCACUGAUCACCAACGUUUACCUCGAGGCUUCGAACAGCAACACGUACAUCCAAGACGGGUUCCAGCUGAUGGUUCCCAUCCUGCAGUCACUCGCGCUGCAACAAAAGGACGGUUGAAAGGAUCGAAGGCGGGCCUCCCGCACGACUCGGCAUUUUCCCUCGGCUAUGCCCCGUUUCCCGUGUGGCGUCGUCCAAGCGUCGUCAGUGUCUUCAUCGCCGUCUCAGUGUGGUUACUGUGAUGUAGGAGCGAAGUCCAAAUCGCUACGAGAAACAGGCAACAAUCGAACGGAGGUGAAAGUGUCAGAAGCUAUGCCUCUCUCUUUUUUUUUUUUCUUGUGUUUUUGAGCACGCAGGUGAAAUUUAAAAAAAAAAACAAAAAAACUUUCGAGGGCGAGAUAGAUUUGGGAUGGAAGCGUGGGAACGGCGGAUCGCACAGUCCCGUCAAAUGCAGGUAGCGUUUGCAAAUUGGGACAAAACCAACCACUGCUUACAACCUUGCUUUCGCAGCACUUUUGUUUUUGGCAAAUAACAGGCAAAUAUUGUGAAUGACUCUGCUCAGAGUGGUGGCUACUACGACGGACGGGCCCAUUUACCCCAAAAUAUUUCGUUUCCCAAAAAUUAAGAAAAAAUGGCAAUCCAGAAAUUUUUAAAACAGUAAGCAAUGAUAAAAUGAUUCGUAUCACCGCCGUCAGGACUCCUCAAGCUUCGUGUUAAAGCUUUUUCCUUCCUGCUUCACCAUUUCUUCAAAAUGGAAAUAAUAAUUAUUAUUAUUAAGUCAUUGCGCUAAGGGUUUCUUCAAGAAGCAACAUCUUGUGAGAUAAGUUGAUCAGGGAGUAGCUUUGGAGAGUGCUCAAGUUGCACGAAGCCCCCUCACGAUGCCUUCAUGUUGAGACAUUCUUUAGCCUCGGUCCCCUGGACUUUGUGUUCGAGGACUUGCCAGUCCGCGUUUCAAGAAGCGAUUGCCCGUUGCAAUUUUGUGUCCUCAUGUAGGUCGACGUUGUAGUUUGUGUAGGAGACGAAUCGAGGAAAGGGUGAAGCGAUGUUUACCUUGAGAACUGUGCUAUUUUAAGAAGCAGACCCUUUGUUGCUGCUGGGCGGUGCGUUCCGGGGGACUAAGAAAUGGUAGCUGAGCCUCCUGCUAAAUGACGCUGUAAAAACUGAAAAAAGUACAAUGCUAGAACUUGCUGUCAAGAUGGGCUCUUAAAAAGAGAUAUUUCUUGCAUAUUGUGAACAGAACAAAAAAAAAUACUAUUGCAUAAAGCAAAACAUUGUACGGUGCUUGUAAGGACGGUUAAAGGCAAUAGGUUUCACUGUCAUAUGUGAUGCCAAUUGUUAUAGCGGUGUAAAGUAGAAGAGAUAUUUUUUUCUAAUACUUGCAAGUUUUACAACUCGUGGCUGUAGGAUGUGAUUAGGAAGUGGAUAUUAAGAUAUGUUGUCAGUGUACACUUUUGUCUCUGCACUCGAGAAACAAAUCAACUUCAAUAAUUUGCAGCUACGAUCAGUGAUUGGAGGGGCCUACCAAUGGAAUCAAACUUGCCACUAUGCGAUGCAACCUUAAUUUGGAGGAAGCAUUUAGCAACAGCACCCAUUCUCAAAGAUUUGUUCAAGACUGAAGGCCCCCUUUUAGCAACAGACCCUUCUGUUAUGCAAAGUGUGUUAGCUAACCAGUAGUUAGUCGCAAGUGUACCCAUAUUCUGUAUAAAUUGGUUAUGAUGGUAGUGUUGCAUAGGUUGGGCUGUUAUGAAGAGGUAUGCGCUGUAUGUUCUUCAAUACCUUUAGCCUGAAUGUGACGGCGGCACUUUGUUGCACUUUACUCGCACGAGCCCACUACAGUGGCAGUUCUGCUGGCAGCCUUCCUUUAGUCACUUGGGAAAGCUGGCUAUUUUGCAUUUGGACUGACUGUGCUGCACUCUGUACAUUGUUGUCACGAUGAAAGCGCCAAUUGCAAUAGCACCCUUACCUGUCUUCUCUUGUUCGCAUCUUCAAAUUCUAUUUUGCCUGUCACAGAAUACAACUAUCUCAGUGUUUUUUCAAUGUAAGCCAUGCAUGUAGUCACCUUGCGGUAAGCAGUGUUGGUGGAUGUUUACAUAUGACAACUGCAUGCUCAGCCAUCGUGGGUCGCCCAAGAAAAACAUUUGCGACGAUAUGUGCCAACUAGGAUUAAUUAAAGCUCUAUCCCACCGCCGAAACUCUAGCGUCAAAGCUGCACCGAUUCUUCUACGAUGGACAGCUUUGAAGAGGGUUCUUCAAGUGGAACAAGUUUUGCUUCGUUUUUUUUCCGAGAUUAAAAAUUCAAACUUGGAGGCACGAGACAUUUUCACUGACCCUUACUGCCAUCUAACUGAACUGCAUUUAUUAAUCGGGUACACGGUAGGGUGGUUGCCACACUCUUAAUGUACUAGUGCUAGUUUCAUGUAAUGUCUUGGAACAUACGUUCCCUGACGAUUCUCAGUCAGUAAUGCGGUCGGUGUAUAGCUAUUAGUACAGAAUAUAGUACUGGAUCAGUAUAAGCUAAUUUACAAUUAGCUGGGACGGCUGCAACGGUUCUGCGGGACGGAAUCUCGUGAAACGUUGCGAAAGGAGACGUGUGCCGCAAACUUUUACGGUGGUCACUUCAUUGCGAGCAUCUCAGAAUGAAGUCAGUUUUGGUCCCAAUUGAAUGUGCUCUGCAUUGUUUUCCCCAACAAAGAAAUUGGUAGCUUUCGACCUCAGUGUCCAUGUCCGCCGUCGUAAAAGUCUGUAGGAAAUGGGCAGUCAAACCAAGCUACAAGGCGUCGUGCCUUCCAGGCACUCAAGGUCGCUCGCGACCAGCCAGGUUCAAAUAGGAAGGGCCCAGAUUAGCUGGUAACAACGGUGUAACAAAGGCACUCGGGCAGUUGUCUUAAGAGUCCACUUACUACCAAGUUUCUUCUGUGUUAGUCUUGUGCAGCUCAUCGUCCCGUUAUGGCACGCUACACCUCGUAAAAUAGGGCGGGAAGCUUGCCGAUCGGUCGGCGUUCUCCGAAAUAACGAAAUUACACUUGCCAAUCGGCCGGCGUGUCUGUAAUGCACCCUUGCCGCACCUCACCCCGUUGGCACAGGGGCAGACGCAAUUAUUUCCUCUGGUCUAUGGUCGCCGACAACUUAAGAAACAUGGGGUGUGGAGGGUCCCCAGCAUCUUAUCAUAGCUCCUCGGCCAAUGAGAUUGCGACGUCCGUUGAUAAGAGCGUCGAAGAACCAAUCACAAAGCAAGAAACGGGGAUAAGAUAAGCCACGCCCCGCGUUUCCUGAGCCGUCAGCAACUACAGCAUCUUGUCGUUACGACGCGAGUUCAGACGUAUUCUCUCCCUUGGAUUCUUCGCUGUUCACAGAUCCCGGUUUGACUAGGCUCACAACUGCCCAAACACAAGUCACUUGUAAGCGUUUCAAGUUGUAAUAAAAGAAAAGCCACAGAGAUGUAACACCCCCUU